ACGACUUAUCAAACAAGGGAAUCAACGUACAUCGCACUUCGACCUGCACCGUCCAGUUUGAUUGUUUCACUCAACCCGGGAUGACCCCGUGGCAACGACCGGGCACGACGCCCUAUCCCCAAGUCUGGCACACCUUCCAAUCGCUGGACUCGUACACCAACAAUCUGGUCCGGUACCGCGUCCAGGAUCUUCCACCCGACCGCUUCGAGGAUGCCGUGGAACACAUGCGUAAGUACUUCCUCCGGGAUGAACCGAUCUGUGGCAGUCUGCGGCUUGCGGAAGAUCCGGUCGGAAUGCGCGAGAUCUGCGACGUUUGGCGGCGGGUCGUCCAGCAGCGGUGUGCCGUGGUUUGCUUCCAGGAAGGCAGCGACGAAAUCGUCGGCCUCAACAUGCUGACCGUGGUGUCUCGAGAGGAUCAGGCACAGCAGCAGCAGCAGUUUGCGAGCCCUGCCGUGAGGGCCUUUGUCGAGUGUACUCUCUACAUGACCGAAAAGGGCCAGCUAUUUGAGCACUUUGGCGUGGAUCACUUUCUUUCGGCUUGGGGACUGUCGGUACAUCCGGCGUACCGGAGCCGAGGGUUGGCAACGGAAAUUCUUCGAGCGCGAGUGCCACUUUGUAAGGCGUUUGGACUAAGGUUGAGUGCUACGGUGUUUUCCCAUCCGGGAUCGCAGCAUCCGGCCGCCAAGGUUGGCUUCAAGGAUCGGGUGGUGGAGCGGUUCGAUGAGCUGACCAAGAAGGGCUUUCAACUGGGGCAGAUUCCAGUCGAGUUUAAUAAGUUGAUGACACUGAGCAUUGAAUUAGAGUAGGGAAGUUAUGUAUUGUUUUCAGAAUUGAUGAAUAAAACUUUUUACAAAA